AUGACGUCACGCGACAGCUGUGUGUCUAGCAGCACUGAUGACCUCAGUGAGAGAAGUGACGUCACGGACAGCCUCGGACAAAGGAAGAAACAAAAAGAGAAGAAUCUCAAGAAGUCAGAGAGCACUUCUGACUCGGAGAGACCUAAGAAGAAGAAAAAGAAAAAGCUUGACCUUUCUGAUUCCAUAGAAAAGAAACCCCAAAAGGCUGACAUUAAAGACUCAACGAUUAACUCUAAGUCUAGCUCCAAGACAGAUGUCAAGUCUGAAAAGAAGGCAAAGAAGAGAAAGUACAGGGAAAUAGAAGAAGUAAAAGUAGAUAAGCAACCAUCUUCAUCAGAACCCAAAGCUAAGAAAGACAAAAAGAAAGAAAAAAAGAAAAACACCAAAGACAAUGCUGAAAACAAGGAACAUGUUAACGGUGCGACAUCCUCAAUCACUGUGAAACAGGAAGUCAGUAAAGAAAAGGUCCCAUAAAAGUCUUCAGAAAGUUUGGACUAUGGCAUGUACACAAACAAUGGCAAGACAAAACAGUACGGAUCUGUGGAGUACACAAAUGUAGGGUUCAACUAUGACAAUGACAACAGUGGUGACGACAAUGUGACGGUUGUGAGUGUUAAAGAGGGGAACCCAGAUGGACUGGGAGAAUUGGAGAGAGAGAAGAGAAGAGAGCUGCAGAAAGAUGAAGAAACAGUGACAGGGAAGAGAGAAGAUGAACAGAAAGAAAAAAAAUCAAGGGAACCGAAGUGA